GCCAAUGGAAUAUAGGUCCCAACAACACUUAGCCCAAAUACGGUUUAGGUAAACCGACGGUAAAUGAACAGCCAUGGUGGGUGGGUGGAGAGUUGUUUUUACCUUUUGCUAUAAUCCAAAAAUCUCGGAAACUAACGCAUCCGGAGCAAAAUGAGCCUGGCAUUGUUCAGAAAAGUCACCAACGACGCCGCACGGCUCAUACGGCGGAACGCGGCGGCGGAAGAUCCUUUUGGUAAAACCAGCCUUGCUCUUUCGAACCUUAGGCGACUUCAAUCGAGGCCUCAGUUUCUUGGGAGAGGAAAGCAAACCGGGCACCCACCUCCUCCUCCUCCUCCUUCCUCCUCGUCUGUUGGCUUCGUGGGAUGGUAUCUUGGUAUGGUGAAGUCACGCCCCGUUCUGACCAAAAGCGUCACGUCUUCUCUUAUCUACAUUGCCGCCGAUUUGUCUUCUCAGACCAUUGCGAAAGAAUCUUCAGACUCUUAUGACUUAGUGAGAACAGCAAGGAUGGGUGGAUAUGGUCUAUGUGUCUUGGGUCCAACACUUCACUGUUGGUUCAAUUUUAUGUCGAGACUCUUGCCCAGACAGGAUUUCAUCACAACGUUUAAGAAAAUGGCCAUGGGGAAUAUAAUCUACGGGCCUAUUAUGAUGGUGACUUUCUUCUCAUUGAAUGCGUUACUACAGGGUGAAGGCGGAUCAGAUAUAGUUGCCAGAUUGAAAAGGGACUUUGUCCCUGCGAUGCGAAACUGUGUCAUGUAUUGGCCUAUAUGUGAUUUUAUAACAUUCAAGUUCUUCCCCGUUCAUUUACAGCCUCUUGUAAGCAACGGGUUUUCCUAUUUGUGGACAAUCUACAUGACUUACAUGGGAAACCGUAAAAAGCCAGACGCUAUUUCAAGCUGAAACAUUUAAAAGAUCUUCUACAAAGACAUGUUUUCCCACGAACCAAUGAGCUUUGGUUUAUCUUAUUUGUCUGAAUUACGUUCUCUUUCAAUGAAAUGUGACUUCCUGCGAAUAAAACAGAGUCUAUCGAGGACUUAGAUGUUAAAAGUUUCUUUUUCUUUAAUUGAAAAUUUGAUACA